AUGUCAGCAAUCUUGAAACAACGUGUCAGGUACGCACCAUAUUUGCAAAGGUUGAGAAAGCCUGAGGAAUGUAUUGAGUUGUUCAAACACGGGCAAUACCUUGGAUGGUCUGGCUUUACUGGUGUCGGAGCACCAAAGGUUGUUCCUGCUGCACUUGUUGACCAUGUCGAGAACAACAGCUUACAAGGAAAAUUUGCUUUUAAUCUAUUUGUGGGAGCAUCUGCGGGACCCGAAGAGUCGAGAUGGGCAGAAAAUUCAAUGAUCAUGCGCAGAUCUCCUCAUCAAGUGGGCAAGCCGAUUGCUAAAGCCAUCAAUGACGGUAGGACAAAGUUUUUCGACAAGCAUUUGUCGAUGUUCCCACAAGACUUGACAUACGGAUUUUACACGAAGGAUAAAAGCAAUGACCUCCUCGACUAUACCAUAAUCGAAGCCACGGCCAUUAAAGAAGACGGCUCAAUAGUGCCCGGUCCAGCUGUUGGCGCAUCGCCAGAAAUGCUUUCAGUAUCUGAUAAAAUUAUAAUUGAAGUCAAUACUAAAACGCCAUCCUUUGAAGGGAUUCAUGACAUUGAUUUGCCUGUGAAUCCUCCAUUUAGAACCCCAUACCCUCAUGUGACUGCUGACUAUAGAGUCGGCCGCACUUCCAUUCCAGUUGACCCAGCUAAGGUAGUUGCAAUUGUCGAGUCGACCACUCGUGACAAGGUCCCACCGAACACUCCAUCUGAUGCCACUUCGCAACAAAUUGGGGCUCAUUUAAUAGAUUUUUUUGAGCAUGAGGUGAAAAUGGGGCGACUCCCAAAGAAUUUGUUACCUUUACAAUCUGGUAUUGGCAAUAUAGCUAAUGCCGUCGUUGAGGGCUUAGCAGAGUCUGAUUUCAAGAAUCUCACAGUGUGGACAGAAGUUUUACAAGAUUCUUUCUUGGACUUCUUUGCUUCUGGUAGCUUAGAUUUCGCCACCGCUACUUCAAUUCGUUUAACAGAAGCAGGUUUUGAACGAUUCGAUAAACACUGGGAGGAAUUCUCUAAGAAACUUUGUCUCAGAUCUCAGGUUGUUUCAAAUUCGCCCGAAAUUAUUAGAAGACUAGGCGUUAUCGCGAUGAAUACCCCAGUCGAAGUAGACAUCUACGCGCACGCAAAUUCAACGAAUGUUAUGGGUUCCAGGAUGUUAAAUGGUCUAGGUGGGUCGGCUGAUUUUCUAAGAAAUGCAAAAAUUUCUAUAAUGCACACACCCUCAGCUAGGCCAUCGAAAUCUGAUCCCACUGGAGUGUCUUGCAUUGUCCCAUUUGCAUCACAUAUUGAUCAGACAGAGCACGACCUUGAUAUUGUCGUUACAGAGCAAGGUCUUGCAGAUCUUAGAGGAAUGUGCCCUAGAGAGCGAGCUGUUGAGAUAAUCAACAAGUGCGCACAUCCUGACUACAAAGAUCAAUUACAUGAGUAUUUCGAUAGAGCGCGCCAUCAUGCUGAAAGAGCGAAGUGCAUGCAUGAACCGCACAUUUUGAGGGAUGCCUUCAAAAUGCAUUUGAGCUUGCAAGAGAAUGGCAGUAUGAAGUUAAACUCAUGGGAUUGA